UGUCCAGAUUCAUUGAAUCGAUAACAGGAAACUGAUAUGUCACGAAUAUUGCUUAACCUUUCGUUUUUUUGAGUGGCACCUUCAUUUCACACUCUUCACUAUCCAAAUCUACAUUCUGAUCAAUCAUCCAUGGCGAAACUCAACACCCCUAUCAAAAUCAUCGCCGGAGCCGAUGACUUUGGCACUCCUCUCAAAGACGCUUUGAUCUCCCACCUCCGUUCCCUCAACAUCGAAAUCGAAGACCUCGGCACCUCUUCUUACUAUUCCGCUGGCGCCGACGUCGGCCGCCGUGUCUCUCAAUCCAUAUCAUCAUCGUCUCCGGACGUCCGCGGUCUCGUUGUUUGCGGAACCGGUGCCGGCGUCUCCAUCUUCGCUAACAAAUUCCCCGGCGUGUUCGCUACCACCUGUCUUACUCCCUCCGACGCCGUCAACGCCCGAUCCAUCAAUAACUCAAACGUGAUUGCUUUCUCCGGUAAGUACACUUCGACGGAAACCGCGAUCGAGAUCGCGAACACGUGGCUGAACACGCCGUUCAAGGCUGCAUGUCCUGCAAAUGAUAACAAACCAUGGCCGGAGGAGAUCGGGAAAUUUCUCGACAAAUCAUUAGUUGAAAUGCCGGAGAUCGGUAAAGGCGAACCGGUUGAUACGUGUGCGGUUUGUUGUUUGGUGAAGAACCGGGAACUGAACCCGAUCGAUUUGAUCCCCGGCGGUUCAAUGAAGAUUGUUAGAGAGACGCCGACGUCGGCGUUCGUGAGGUUCAAAGCCGGGAGUGUGGAGCCGGCGCAUCAUCACACGUUUGGGCACGAUUUGGUGGUGUUGGAAGGGAAGAAGAGUGUUUGGAAUGUGACGAAAAAGGAGAGAUAUGAUCUAACGGUUGGAGAUUAUUUGUUUACUCCUGCUGGUGAUGUGCAUAGAGUGAAGUAUCAUGAGGAUACUGAGUUCUUCAUCAAAUGGGAUGGACAUUGGGAUAUGUUUUUUGAUGAGGAUCUUGAUACUGCCAAAAUUGCAAUUGAUAAGGAAUUAGGGAUAGCUAAGUGAUUUUUAUUUUCUGUUAAUGGUUUAUCACUCAAUAUAGUUUGGUUUAUGACACGAUACUAAAUAAAACUUUUGAGUUUAUAUGUUAAUCUAUUUUGAAUUGAUGAA